GCAAGAGACACGACAGAAAAUGGCAGAGCCACCAAACUCCUUGAGUCAACUGCUCAGCUCUGAAGCCACACGGCACGCCCCUUCCUUUCUAACGAAAAUGGCAGCACUUCUUCCUGUGCUGCUCGCCCACCUGCUCCUCCUCUGCGCCCAUGGCGCCACGGCCUCAGCGGCCGCGACGCCGCCGCCCCUACCGAUCCUGCCGGUCCCGUCCUACGCGCAGCUCCGGUGGCAGCUCUCGGAGAUGGCGCUCUUCCUCCACUUCGGGCCCAACACCUUCACGGACUCCGAGUGGGGCAGCGGCCACGCCGACCCCUCCGUAUUCGCCCCCUCGGCGCUCGACGCGGGCCAGUGGGCGCGCGUCGCGGCACGGGGCGGGUUCGGCCGCCUCGUGCUCACGGCCAAGCACCACGACGGCUUCUGCCUCUGGCCGUCCGCGCUGACCAAUUACUCGGUGGCCGCCUCGCCGUGGCGGGCCGGCGCCGGGGACGUCGUCGCCGAGCUCGCCGCCGCUACGCGCGCCGAGGGGAUCGGGAUGGGGCUGUACCUCUCGCCGUGGGACCGCCACGAGCCGGUGUACGGGGACACCAUCGCGUACAAUGAGCACUACAUGGGCCAGAUGACGGAACUGCUUACCAGGUAUGGAGAUGUUGAGGAAGUUUGGCUGGAUGGUGCAAAGGGUGACGCAAAGAAGAUGAAUUACAUGUUUAAUGCCUGGUUUGCACUUAUACAUCAGCUACAACAAAGGGUAGUUAUCUUCUCAGAUGCUGGGCCAGACACUAGAUGGGUUGGAGAUGAGGCUGGGGUUGCAGGUUAUACUUGCUGGUCUCCCUUUAACAAGAGCUCCGUGACAAUUGGGCACACCAUUGACGAAUACCAACGCAGUGGGGAUCCUUUUGGGCAAGACUGGGUUCCUGCAGAAUGUGAUGUCUCCAUCAGGCCAGGUUGGUUCUGGCAUGCCUCAGAGAAACCAAAAAAUGCAACAAGUCUGCUUGACAUAUACUACAAAUCAGUUGGUAGAAAUUGUCUCCUCAUUUUGAAUGUCCCUCCCAAUUCAUCUGGCCUCAUUUCCGAUGAAGACAUGCAAGUCCUUCAGGAAUUCACCGAGAUUCGGCAUAAAAUUUUCUCUCAGAACUUUGCUGCCAAUGCCACUGUCACAGCAAACAGUGUUCGUGGUGGGCAGGAUAAUCUGCAGUUUGCACCCUCCAAUGUGCUCGAAAACAGCAUAUACUCCUAUUGGGCUCCACAGGAAGGGCAAUCCAGUUGGGAAAUGUUCUUCGACCUUGGGAAAUCUACUUCCUUCAAUGUGCUCCAGCUCCAGGAGCCUAUACAGCUGGGACAGCGUGUUAUCAAGUUUCAUGUGGAUAUCCUCAUAGAUGAACUGUGGCAAACAAUUGUUGCAGCCACGACAAUUGGGUACAAGCGGCUGCUGAAAUUCCCAGUUACUGAAUCUCAAUACCUGAAGCUAUGUAUCAUUAGUGCACGCGCAGAUCCACUGAUCUCAUUCUUCGGUGUCUUCAUGGAUUCUUUUUCAGACAGUUAUAACUUAGAGAGUCACUACAAGCGAACAAAUAGCAGUGAAGUUAUAAUGCUGACGACAGGCGAUGCAGCUGGCAACAGGAGUACUGCCACCAUGUAGUUGCCGGGUGUACUGCUGCCAUGUAAAAAUCCCCGGUCCAUUCACCAUGCUAGAAUCACUUGCAUGUUGAUUUGUUCUUUAUAAUUCUAUAUGUUCAUUGGACUGAAGAAGGCCAUUUAAUAGUGAGCAAUGUGUACAUAUCUCUACUUCUCUAGUUUGCCUUCCCAAAGCAACUUGGAAUAAGAGCUCCACUUUCUCCAACCAUACAUGGUUUUAUUCCCCCAAACUGGUUGUUGUAAACUGUGAUUGAAACAUGUGAUCAGAAACUUCUUCUGCACCAGUUUCUGUUUGAAUGAUGCUAGCCGGAACCAGGUACUCCAAUGACAUGAAUGAUGCUACCAGGAACCAGGACCUGAGCAGCAACGCGGCGGAGGGAGGUGAGGCGCGGGUCAGCCGAGACGAGCGACGGUCGGGCGGAGGGAGGCAGCGUGGCCGGCGUGCGCCCAGUGCCGCGCAGGUAAGCAGGCAAGGAGGAGGACGCGAUGAAUAGAAAAAUAGAUAGAUAGAUGAACCUUCUUGUAAGGCGUAACUGGUCCUUUACGUAUCCUUGGGCUGAAGGCGGAAAAGGAAACGCUAUGAGCCUGUGGCCCCCCACCCGUGCUCCACCUGCAGCCUGCAGGCACCGCGGUCGAGCACUCUGCCGCCGCCGCCGCCCCUCGCCGCACUCUGCCGGCGACCAUGUCGGACCAGGCGCCACCUUACGCGCCUCUCCCCCUCGUCUCCUCCCUUCCCGCAGAUCCUAACUCCACCCCGACGCCGAACCCCACCCUUGUCCUCCCCAAUCCUGCCUUCCCCAACAAGCGCAAGCGCACCGGAUUCCGCCGCAAGGUCCCCUCUGGGUCCCCGGCCGCCCCCGCGGCCUCUCCCGCGGCGCCCUCCCAGCCGCCACCCCCUGCUUCCGCUGCCGACGACAUCAUAGUGAUCAACCGGGAGCCUACCGCGGAGGCCGUCACCGCGCUCACCGCGGGCUUCCCGGCGGACUCUCUCACCGACGAGGAGAUCGAGGCUGGCGUGGUCUCCGACGUGGGCGGCAUCGAGCAGGUCAACUACAUCCUCAUCCGCAACCACCUCCUCUGCCGGUGGCGCGAGACCUACAACUCCUGGCUCGCCAAGGAGCCCUUCGCGACGCUCAUCCCUCCCCAUUGCGAGCACCUCCUGAACGCCGCCUACUCCUUCCUUGUGUCCCACAGCUACGUUAACUUCGGUGUCGCGCCGGCCAUCAAGGAGCGCAUCCCCAAGGAGCCCACGAGGCCUACCACCAUCGUCGUCAUUGGAGCAGGCCUUGCCGGGCUCGCCGCGGCACGGCAGCUUGUGGCGUUCGGGUUUAAGGUUAUAGUCUUGGAGGGCCGCAAGCGCUGCGGUGGCCGUGUGUACACGAAGAAGAUGGAAGGCAGUGGGCGUUCAGCUGCUGGUGAUCUUGGGGGCAGCGUGCUUACCGGGACGUUUGGCAACCCACUGGGAAUUGUGGCGAAGCAGCUCGGCUUGCCAAUGCACAAGAUUAGGGACAAGUGCCCACUCUACCGUCCGGAUGGAUCACCAGUCGACCCGGAGGUGGAUAAGAAAGUAGAGAUUACAUUUAACAAGCUUCUUGAUAAGUCAAGCAACCUGCGGUCAUCCAUGGGGGAGGUGGCAGUAGAUGUUUCGCUCGGGGCUGCUCUUGAGACAUUACGCCAGACAGACGGAGGCAUAUCCACACAGGAGGAGAAGAACUUGUUCAAUUGGCAUCUAGCAAAUCUCGAGUAUGCCAAUGCGGGAUUGUUGUCGAAGUUGAGCCUUGCGUUCUGGGACCAGGAUGAUCCCUAUGACAUGGGUGGGGAUCACUGCUUCUUGCCUGGUGGCAAUGGGAGACUUGUGCAAGCCCUGGCAGAGAAUGUGCCGAUUGUUUACGAGAGGACGGUGCACACUGUACGAUAUGGAGGGGAUGGGGUGCAGGUGGUUGUCAAUGGAGGGCAGGUGUAUGAAGGGGACAUGGCGCUGUGCACAGUUCCACUUGGGGUUCUGAAAAAUGGAGGCAUCAAGUUUGUACCUGAGUUGCCACAGAGGAAGCUUGAUAGUAUUAAGAGGCUUGGAUUCGGGUUAUUGAACAAGGUAGCCAUGCUGUUUCCGCAUGUUUUCUGGAGCACUGACCUUGAUACAUUUGGGCAUCUGGUUGAAGAUCCAAGGCGACGUGGGGAGUUCUUUCUGUUCUAUAGCUAUGCGACAGUGGCUAGUGGCCCAUUGUUGAUGGCCUUGGUUGCUGGUGAAGCUGCUCACAAUUUUGAAACCACACCGCCAACUGAUGCUGUCAGCUCAGUUCUUCAGAUACUACGAGGUAUCUAUGAACCACAAGGGAUUGAGGUUCCAGAUCCUCUACAGAGUGUUUGCACUAGAUGGGGCACUGACUCCUUCAGUCUAGGUUCAUAUUCUCAUGUUGCUGUCGGAGCAUCUGGAGAUGACUAUGACAUAUUAGCUGAAAGUGUUGGUGAUGGACGACUUUUCUUUGCUGGCGAGGCUACCACGAGACGUUACCCAGCAACAAUGCAUGGUGCUUUUAUCAGUGGUUUGCGGGAGGCUGCUAAUAUCACACUCCAUGCCAAUGCCCGAGUAGCGAAGACAAAAGUGGACAGAAGCUCGUCAACAAACACACAGGCUUGUGCUACUAUACUAACGGACUUGUUUAGGCAACCGGAUUUGGAGUUUGGGAGCUUCUCUGUUAUUUUCGGAGGAAAAGCUUCCAACCCAAAAUCCCCAGCUAUUCUAAAGGUGGAAUUAGGUGGCCAGCGAAAGAAGAAUGCAACUGAAGGUGCGAAGACAGAACAGAACCACUCAAACAAAUUGUUGUUCCAGCAGCUCCAGUCACAUUUUAACCAGCAACAACAACUUUAUGUUUACACAUUGCUAUCACGACAGCAAGCUAUGGAGUUAAGAGAAGUUAGAGGAGGUGAUGACAUGAGGUUGCAUUACCUCUGUGAAAAAAUGGGGGUGAAAUUAGUUGGCAGGAAAGGCCUCGGUCCUGGUGCCGAUGCAGUGAUUGCAUCCAUUAAGGCAGAACGUAACAGGAGUCGAGCUAAACCUGGCCCGUCAAAGCUGAAGAAAUCAAUGAAGCCUAAUGUUGUUGCGUCAUGAUCACUGACUGCUGAUUUCUUGUGGGGCCUGACUGCCAAUAGUUGAUAACUUGAUAUUUACCAGGCAACGAAUGUGUUCAUUUGGAUGGAGCAUCCGCUCCUGCUGAAUUUGUCUCAAGCCAACUUGCAUCGAAUAUUUGGCAAUUGCUUGAGGUUAAAGUAAUUUUGAACGAUACCUCUUAGAUUCCAGUGAUUUUCCAUUUUUUUUUUCAGAGAGGCUGUUGUGAUGUUGCAUCUGAAAUCUGCGGAUUCUGCAAAGCUUAUUUGUUGGUGGUGUAA